UUCUCACCUAACAUCAUUUCCUCGAUCAGCCUCACACUUUUCACAUGGUUUCUCAUCACCAUUAUCAUCUUAAACCAUUCACGUAUUAAUUGAAUGUCAAGAUGAAAGAUUAAAGAAGAAAAGAGAGAAAAAAGAUAAUCUUUCUUACCAUAACUCAAAUGCUCUACGAAACAGUGCCAAAAGUGAAACAUGUCAAAUGAUGAAAUUAUUUCGUUGCAACGUCAACGUGUUGCAAUUGAACAAGAAUUGUGUCAAGCUCGAUAUCAAGUUAAACCACUUGCAGCAUCCGUUUGCCCUCUAACCUGGGAUGGAUUAAUGUGCUGGCCUGAGACACCAGCCGGUACUCAGGCCAUAUUACCCUGUGCCUCCUACAUCGACGUGUUUGAUAAAAAUGAAACAGCAACUCGUGAUUGUACAAUCAAUGGAACCUGGUUCAUUAGUCCAACAACAAACGAAAGUUGGACCGAUUACACUCGUUGUCACCCAAACAAUUAUUCUGUUAAUCCUCCAAUCAAUGAACAUUUACCUCACAUUAAAUUAAUCAGUAAAAUUGGAUAUUCUGUUUCCCUGUUAACUUUGAUCAUUGCAUUUCUCAUUCUCUUCUGUAACAAACGUCUUCAAUGUCCAAGGAAUCAUCUUCAUCUUCAAUUGUUUCUCUCAUUCAUAAGUCGAUCAUUAUUAACUCAUGUCAAAAACAUCUUCUUCACCUUGGAGUACAACAGUACUCUAUCAUGUAAACUGAUUAUUGUCGUCUGGCAAUAUUCCCUUUUAGCCAACUACAAUUGGCUUUUAAUGGAAGGAUUAUAUCUUCAUAAUCUAGUCUUUUUCAACAUCUUCAAUGACAAUUCAAGCAUUCUCAAGUACAUUAUCCUGGGCUGGAGUUUACCUGUCUUGUUUAUCAUUCCCUGGAUAAUUGCUCGUUCACUGUAUGAGGAUACAUUUUGUUGGGUGAUCAAUAAGAACGUUGCCUUAUUUUGGAUAAUCAGAGGACCAAUUACAAUAUCUAUUAUCUUAAAUUUAAUAUUUUUCAUCAACAUUACUCGAGUCUUGUUUCUCAAAAUGUUUUCAUCCUCAUCAGUUGCUCAAGCCUCUCGAUGUUACAAGUACAGUAAAUGGUUCAAAUCGACUCUAGUUUUGGUUCCUUUGUUUGGUGUUCAUUACGCUCUGCUCUUGAUUGCCAACUGGUUGGCAUCGCUAUCGACAAGCCUCGAAAUCAUUUGGCUUUAUGUCGAUCAACUUUUUACCUCUUUUCAGGGUUUCUUUGUGGCACUUUUAUACUGUUUCCUCAAUGGUGAAGUACAACAAGAGAUGAAAAAAUGGUGGCUUCGCCAGGCAAGUCAACAAGAUGGACUUCAUUCUUCUAACUCUAUGACUUACAACUCAAUCUUAACCCAAUCUAUGUCUUACUUGAAUCGUGGUAGGAAUGACGGGACAAACGGUAACGGUUCAGGAGCACGCAAGGAGUCAACUCGAACAACCUCGAUUUUGUUGAACACCAAAGAUGAACCAAAUCACAUGUAUCCUGCCUUGAUCUCAACCGAUUUAUCUCCUUCCUCUGACCCUGGAAAUGGAAACUGUUUGUACGUCAAUGACCGACCUGGUUCGUUUGGUACCUUGUUGAGACCCGAGUCUAUGGAGAGGUGUUUGGAUAAAACGCAAAAGGGUGGUUUCAAUGAAAGCAGUGAAUCAAUUUUGUAACAUUGAAAGCAAAAUACUUGAAACUGAUCAAAGACUAAAUGUUUCAAAAAAUGUGCUGUUGAUUCAAAUGUUGAUCCUCAACUUCAUUCAAUGGAUAUUUAUUUUGAAAAUUUCACUUUUCGUUCAUUUUUUACGAAAUUUCUCUAAAUGUAAACAAAAAACAAAUGAAUAUCGAUUAAUGUGGCACGAAAAAUUUGCAUCUUUUAUUCCAUUGAUUGAGCUUAACAAAAAAUCAACUUUGAAAGGUUAAGUUUUGGAAGAACUUAUUGAAUCAUGAUUUCCAUAGAUAUCAGUUUACAAUCGUUGAUGCAAUUUAUUUGCAAAAUCAUUAUUUAAUUUUGCUAGAAAUGCAUAUUAAACCAUUUUUGGAGCAUUUUAUCAUCUUACUAAAGGGUGACAACAAUAAGACUGUUUGAGAGACAAAAGCUUAAUAAAAGCUAUUGGUUAUAGAUAAACAUGUGAAUAGAUAACAACAAAUGGUCAACACCAUCUUCCAGCAACAAU